UUUAUCUCCUUUGGCCGUCACUUACUGACCUCAGAGCUCAACGAAAAUGGUUCAACGUCUUGUUUACCGAUCACGUCACUCUUACGCUACCAAGUCCAACCAACACCGCAUCGUCAAAACUCCUGGUGGGAAAUUGACUUACCAGAAGACGAACAAGAGAGCUAGUGGACCUAAGUGCCCUGUUACUGGCAAAAGAAUCCAAGGGAUUCCGCAUUUGAGACCCGCUGAAUACAAAAGGCCGAGGUUGGCAAGGAACGAGAGGACAGUGAAUCGUGCAUAUGGUGGUGUUCUAUCUGGAGUAGCUGUUAGGGAGAGGAUUGUUAGGGCCUUCUUGGUUGAAGAACAGAAGAUUGUGAAGAAGGUUUUGAAGCUUCAAAAGGCGAAAGAGAAGACUGGGCCAAAGAGUUAGAAGAAGACGUUUUGGAUUAUAAGAGUGAUGGAGAAUUACUUAUGUUCUAGGGAUCGAUAGACAUGAGUCUUUUUGUUCACGAAAAGAGCAAAUGUUUGUUUUUGAUAAUAUCUUAUGUUCAGUUUUGUUCUCCAUUCAGAUUUUACUUUCUCCAAUCUCCGAUAUAUGUCAACAAGAUUAUAAAACAGAAGUUGAAAACCCAA